GUGUGGUUUGCUUCCGGAGAUCAGACAACAACGACCGUGGCCUUGGCAGGGGGAAGUGUAUCGGAACGCUAGUGGGAUACAUCGGUUGUGUGACGUAGCGAUCAUCAGCGAGCUGUUCCUGUUAUCACUAGCGAAGGUAUACCGGAAUGCUGAGAUUCGAAAUCCUUCCAGGUUGAUUCUGACCUUCAAGAUUCUGGAGAAGGGAAGGUAUCGCUUGUUACACCACCAACGAAUAGGUCGAAUCAUACGACACGAGAAGUUCGAUGCAGCUAGUGGCAGGAACAACAUAGCUUUGCUGGAGCUGAUCUCUCCCUUGAAAUUCACAGAGAUGUUGAGUCCGAUAUGUCUGUGGAGAGGUGAUCCGAAGGAUUUUAGUGUGAACAAUACCAAUCUUGGGCGAUCAGUAGACAAACUUCAGUUGAACUGCACCCUCGGAAUAAACUACAUCUGCAUUGAUACAAACUCCCAACCAGCAUUCAACAGUACAUUCUUCGUUGAAAACGAAGAAACGUGGUACCUGCGAGGACUCACAACCACCAUAUCUCAACAAGAUCAACCUAAUAGCAUUCUACUGCUGGACGUCGCGCGCUACACAGGGUGGAUCGAAAACAACACCGUUUUCCGCACGAAAAACCUGCUCGGCAACGCGCACUGCGCCCGGCGGUUCAUCAACGACUUCACGUUCAUCUCCAGCGGUGCAAGGGAGGCGAAAUGCUUCGCGGCGCACAUUAAACCGUCACUUUUGCUGGCGACCGCUUCCUGCUUGGAGAACUCUUCCGGGGCUGAUUUGUUCGGAACGAGUGGUGGUCAAACUGCUCAAGUCAAACAGAUCUUCGUGCAUCCCUCGUAUGAAACAUCGAGAAGAUUGAACAACGUUGCGAUUGUUCAAUUGCAAGAAGCGCUGAAAAGUGUCCCGUUCUGCAUUCACCUGGACACCUCUCGAAAUGGUUCCAGAUCGCGCGUUCUUCUACCAACUCAAGGUCCAGAAAAGUACUUUAACGAUUUCAUUGACUCCGAAAGUUGCGAAUCCUGCGAAGAUCGAUUGAACUCCUCAGGAAUCCCGCUAGACAUCACUUCAGGGGGUCACAUCUGUGGUGACUUCAAGGGGGUUUCCAACGGCGCUGGAGAUGAAUUCUGCACGGAGAGCUUUCAGGGUAGUCCUCUGUUCCACGAUUACGGGGACGGCCAAGGGGUGUAUUUGAGGGGGUUGCUGGAAGCCGGCAAACGAGACCACUGCGAGCAGCCGGAACUGCCGGAAGUGUUUGUCGACGUGAUGUUCUACGCCGACUGGAUCCGUGAGAUUGUGCUGCGGAUUGUUGCCGGGGGCUAAGCUUCAAAUUCUCUGUCGGAUCGCUUGGUUAAAGCACUGUCGAAAGUUUACCAUCUGUUAUAUAUCCAGAAUGAAUAAAGUAUUAUUCCACUCGAUGAAACUUCC